AUGGGUGUGGCCGACGGUCGGAUCAUUAGCCUGGCUUUCGCCUUUGCCGGGCUCAGCUGCGUGUUGGAUCUCUUUUCGGACCUGUCCAUCUGGGCUAUACGCGUAUCGUCCUAUCUGAUUUCUUUCCCCUAUUCUUCGAAGGCUCUCGUUGAACUAGUUAUCCUGUUUGACCAAAUGGCGUCUCACGAUCAGGAAAAGGCUCAAGUGCCUGCUCCGCCAGUGGAAAUCGGCGGCGAGAGCGAUAAAACGGACAGAGCUAGUUCGAUUGCUACAUCUAUCGAGCACACUGGCCAUCAGAGAACAGACGGCGAUACGCGACGCCUCUCACUAUCUGGCGCCGGUCAGCUUUCCCUCGACGAUGUUGCCAGUGUCCAAGUCCAGAUUCGCGACCUCGAGGUCUCCGUCAAUACCGCGCCGUCUUGGCUCGCCCCUUCUACCUAUCCAACCCUUUUCAAAUCUAAAUUCAGCACUGAUCCGGAAAUGAAGACCCUUCUCCAUUCCGUCAAUGCCGACUUGGCCCCGGGCAGUCUCACGGCCAUCAUUGGCGGCAGUGGCUCAGGCAAAACGACGCUGCUCAACACGAUGGCUGAGCGCAUGGUCAGCUCGCGCUUGCACCAAGAAGGUGUUGUCACGUUCAAUGGCGAGACUGGUGUUCACAACGUGCGCCAUGCCUACGUGAUGCAGCAAGAUAUUCUGCUUCCAACUUUAACAGUGCGUGAGACCUUGCGCUACGCAGCGGACCUGCGCCUACCGUCGACUUCGAAACGCCAAGACCGAUGGCGUAUUGUUGAAGAAGUUAUCCGGGAACUAGGCCUCAAAGAAUGUGCGGAUACGAGAAUCGGAAACUCGCAGCAUCGCGGCUGCUCUGGCGGCGAAAAGCGGCGCGUAAGCAUUGGCGUUCAGCUUCUUGCGAAUCCAUCCAUCCUCUUCCUGGAUGAGCCAACUACUGGUCUGGACGCUACCAGUGCGUAUCAACUCGUCCGAACUCUGAAGUCAUUGGCAAAGAAGGGCCGUACAGUUAUUACUACUAUUCAUCAGCCUCGCUCCGAAAUCUGGAACCUCUUUGACAACAUCGUCAUUCUGACCAGAGGAAGCCCCGUCUAUUCUGGUGACGCUUCCGAGUGCAUCCCUUGGUUUGAAAGUCAAGGAUUUCCUAUCCCCGCCUUUGUAAACCCGGCAGAGUUCGUCAUCGACAUUGCCGCCAUUGACAAUCGCACCCCAGAGUUGGAGACGGAGAGCAGCCUGCGUGUUGACAGCCUGAAGCGUGCAUGGGGCCAAGAGAGCGAGAAACUGUUUCUACCCUUGGGCGGUGUAGUGAGCCAACCGCAUCGCCGCCAUCCUCGCCUCUGUUCAAAUGGGCACGACGAACGGGCUGGGUUCUUGCGCCAGCUCCGGGUCUUGACCAGCCGAACAUUUAAAGUCACUUAUCGCGACCCCAUGGGUAUGACUGCCGCCAUUCUCGAAGCCGUGCUUCUCGGAGCCCUCACAGGUUACAUGUUCUGGAAUGUCGGUCGCGACCAAGCUGGCAUCAGAUCCCGCCAGGGCGGACUAUACAUUACCGCUGGCCUUCAAGGAUAUCUGAUUCUCCUAUUCGAAGUGUACAGACUGACUAUCGACAUGCCAACAUUCGACCGUGAAAACUCUGAAAAUUGCGUUGAUCCUCUCCCGUUCAUUCUGUCUCGCCGAAUCGCGCGAAUGCCCACUGAGGAUGUGCCUGUGCCGUUCAUCUUCUCCGUGUUGAUGUACUUUUUAUCUGGCUUUGAUCGGGAUGUGGGAAAGUUCUUCACUUUUUUUGCAAUCACCCUACUCAAUCAGUACGUCUCUGUGACAUGCGCCAUGGCGUGUGUCACGGCCGUCCGACAUUUUCCUGGAGCAAGCCUGUUGGCCAAUUUGGUCUACACCAUUCAGAGUAUAGCAUGCGGCAUGUUUGUGCAAUCCAGCAGUAUCCCGGUCUAUGUUCGAUGGAUAAAAUGGACAGCAUACAAUUGCUUCCAGUUCUACGCAUUUAGUGCUUAUUGUGCGAAUGAGUUUCAAGGAAGCUUCUACGAUUGUCCGUAUCCUGGCGGCAGAGACAACCCCGCAUGCGAACAGUAUACUGGUAAGUAUAUCAUGAGGUCUCUAGGCUUCCCGACGAAUUGGAUUACAAGACCGAUCAUUGCGCUGGCUUCGUUCAUCGCCCUCUUUCUGCUUUUGUCCACGGUUGGCCUUACAUUUUUCAAAGUGGGAAUGACAAUUGCUCGAGCUCGAACGACAGAUACCGACUUGUCUGCCGGAAAAGAAAAGAUGACGGCACGCUCCAUCGGUGAAGUGAGGGCUAUUGAUGUCGGUCUAGACAAAUUCGCGCUGGCACUGGACAAGAAGGCAGCCACUGGCAAGCGCCUCCCCAGACGCCUCAUUGUCAAUCCUGUCACGACCACGUUUCAAGCAGGUACCCUAAACGUUAUAAUGGGCCCAUCGGGAAGUGGUAAAACGUCCCUUCUCAACGCCAUGGCACUUAGACUGCGAAACUCCGUGGGCACCAAAUAUCGGCCCUCUGGCAAACUGACUUUUAAUGGAGCUGUUCCGUCAGACUCUGUCAUUCGCUCCGUCUGUUCCUAUGUCUGUCAAGAUGACGAUGCCCUCCUACCGUCUCUCACCGUCCGAGAGACGUUGCGAUUUGCAGCCGGCCUACGCCUGCCAUCAUUCAUGAGCACCGAGGAGAAAUAUCGCCGAGCGGAGGAAGUCCUGCUCAAGAUGGGUCUCAAAGACUGCGCCAACAAUCUAGUGGGAAACAACAUGAUCAAGGGAAUCUCGGGUGGUGAAAAGAGACGUGCCAGUAUCGCCGUCCAGGUCUUGACGGACCCGCGGGUGCUGCUUCUCGAUGAGCCUACUUCUGGCCUGGACGCCUUUACAGCGAGCUCCAUCAUGGAGGUGCUCCAUGGUCUUGCCAAUGAGGGACGCACUCUCAUCCUCACCAUCCACCAGGCGCGAUCGGAUUUAUUCAAGCACUUUGGCAACGUUCUCCUGCUGUCUCGUGGCGGUCACCCCGUUUAUGCAGGUGCGGGAAGGGAUAUGCUCGGCUACUUUGGCCGACAUGGGUACGACUGCCCAAGGAACACCAACCCCGCCGACUUUGCGCUGGACAUGAUCACAGUUGACUUGCAGAAAGAAGAUGUGGAAGCGGAAAGCCGCGUGCGGGUGAAGAAGCUUAUUGAACGUUGGGCUGUACAUCUUGAUCCCACAACGGAUCUCCAGGAGCAGCGACUAUCGCCCAUUGAUGAAGAGGCUGACGAAACCAACGGCAAGCAAGGCGACACUGGGGUUGACUUGAAGAUAUGUGAACCAAAAGGAGGCGAAUCUAGUGAAAAGACACUGCCUGCGGCUUCCCAGGACAAGAACACCCUCGAGCCUACAGGGGCUUUCGCAACCUCACCCCGGCGGUCCUUCAACCGCGCCAACCUUUCUACGCCCGCCGAACUGGGCGCGCUGGUCCGCAAGCGCACCUCCCUGAUCAAUGCACUGCCGCUUCUCCUGCGCCGCGCCGUCAUCAACUCGCGCCGCCAACCGGAGCUCAUCCUCGCGCGCACGAUGCAAGUGGCGGGUCUCGCCGGCCUCUUUACCCUCUUCUUCGCGCCGUUUGAGCACGACUACUUUUCGGUGCAGAACCGGAUGGGCUACGUGCAGCAGCUCGGCGCGUUUUACUUUGUGGGCAUGCUGCAAAACGUGGCCGUGUACCCGGCCGAGCGCGACGUAUUCUACCGCGAGGACGACGACGGCGUGUACAGCGUCGACGCCUUUGUGCUGUCGUACACGCUGCUCGAGCUGCCGUUUGAGGUGCUCAGCUGCCUCAUCUACGGCCUCUUUUCCACGUUUGCCGUGCGCAACCCCGGGACGGCCUCGCUCUACUUUGCCGCCUUUUUCGGCUGCUUCGGCGUCGUCUCGUGCGGCGAGAGCCUGGGCAUCAUGUUCAACACGCUGUUUGCGCACACGGGCUUCGCCGUCAACAUGAUGGGCGUCUUCCUGUCCGUCGCCAACGGCAUGGCCGGCGUGCUGUCCAUUCACAUGCCGCCCGCGUUUGACGCCCUCAACUACCUCUCGCCCAUUCGCUACGCGACGCGCGCCAUGGCGCCGUACGCCAUGCGCGGGGUCCAGUUUGGCUGCACCCCGGAGCAGGCGCUGCCGGACGGCGCGUGUCCCAUCACGUCGGGCGAGCAGGUCCUGACGCUGUACAACUUUGACGUGGACCCGAACGUGAAUGCCUAUUGCCUCUUGGCGUGCGUCGUGAUUUAUAGACUGAUUGCCUGGGCGCUUCUGAGAGUGACGAGGGCGCGGUGGAAAGAUAAGAAGAGAGUGCAGGUGUAG